UCAGCCCUGCAUUGGCCCAACACCCUCUGUCGCCCCUAUUAAAAAAUACGAUACAUCCGACACUGCGGCGGCGGCGGCCCUCUUCCACCGCAAAUGGCUACCUCCACCACCAUCGCCGCCGCCGCCGCCACCAGCACCACCAGGCGAUUGAGAGCAUUCAAACGAUGGAUGAGAUCGCAAAGCAUAGAUUGCAGCGAUGCUCUCAACCUCAUAGACCACGCCAAAGAAGGAAUCUCCGUGCGAACACUCUGCGAUUUGCACGAAGGCGAUUUGGUGGCGACGAUACCCAAGCAUUCGUGCCUCACAAUCAAGACCUCAGGUGCUCGGAAUUUGAUCGAGACAGCCGGUCUUGAGGGCUAUUUGGGGCUCUCGGUGGCCCUCAUGUACGAGAAGGGCUUGGGACACCAGUCCCCUUGGUUCGGUUAUCUUCAGUUGUUGCCGGAGAAUGAGUGUAUUCCAAUGCUUUGGAGCUUGGAGGAAGUUGAUUCUCUGUUAUUGGGCACUGAGCUUCACAAGAUAGUUAAAGAAGACAAGGCUCUCAUCUAUGAGGACUGGGAAGAGUGUAUUCAGCCUCUUCUGGCUUCAGCUCCUGUAGAGCUUAAUCCAGAUUUCUUCGGUGUUGAACAGUACCUCGCAGCAAAAAGUCUUAUUGCUUCUCGCUCUUUUCAAAUAGAUGAUUACUAUGGAUUUGGGAUGGUUCCGCUGGCAGAUCUUUUCAAUCACAAAACAGGAGCUGAAGAUGUGCACUUCACCUCUAUAUCUUCUCAUCUUGCACGUGAAGAUGAUGCUGAAGACGACCACGAAAGUGAUGAGUAUGAAAGUAUGGAUGAUAGUGAAGACAACCACGAAAGAGAUGAGAAUGAAAAUAUUGGUGACCGUGAACAAUUAUCUCAAAAUUCUCAAUCAAGAAAGGGUGCUUCUAAUGGUGGUAACUCGGAGUGUUCUUCUGCUUCUGGGGAUGAUCCCACAGUUUUGGAAAUGAUUAUCGUGAAAGAUGUCAAAAAUGGGGCUGAGGUCUUCAAUACAUAUGGAGUCUUGGGUAAUGCUGCACUGCUACAUAGAUAUGGAUUUACAGAGGUUGAUAAUACAUAUGACAUUGUCAACAUAGAUUUAGAACUGGUACUUCAAUGGAGUUCAUCUUUGUUUUCGGGCCGACACAAUCGAGUCAGGUUUUCACUGUGGAGGAGAUUAGAUUACUCUGGUUGUGAGAGCCAGAACUCUGAAUAUUUCGAAAUCUCAUCCAACGGGGAACCACAAGUCGAGCUGCUGAUUUUACUUUAUAUAAUUUUAUUACCGGACGAAGCGUAUCAGCAACUGGAUCUCACAGUAUCAAUGGCAGGGAAUUUAAAAGAAUCUCUAACCGUUAUUUUACAAAAAGGAGGCAAUAUUGCAAUGGAAAAAGCUCCGGAAAUGAGCAAGGAUUUGCUGCUGAUCGAAAGUGUGAGUAAUGCCCUUUUGUCGCUUGCUAAUAUCCGGGAGAGUUUUUAUGGUUCAAAUUCACUAAAAGAUGAUAUUGAAGCUUUGAAGAAGUGUUGUCGCAUUAAAGAUAGGAAGUUGUACCAUUCUCUCACACUGCGUGUGAGCGAGAGAACAAUUCUGGAGAAACUCAGAACUUAUGCCGCUGAAGCUGCUCAGUUAUCGAGAACUGUCAAGAGAGGAUCUAUGAGGAAGAAGUUAAAAAGCACAUAAUAUUCAGUAUUUCAAGAACUUUUCAUGUUUUUUCUUUGCUCGGGCAAUGCACAUUGCUCCUACCAAAAGGAAGGGAAGGGAGAGGGAAGGUUUGCUAAGCUUUUGUUAGUCUUCUUUGGUGCACCACCUGACAGGAUUGGAGAAAAAGAAUGCAGGGUGUUUGGUUUCUCAGAAAAACACUGCAGAAAAAGGUAUUUUUGUAAAAUUGGGUGAAAACAAGCUCCAUAUGUUGUUAGGUAAUAAUUGUGUCUUUUAAUGGUGAAAUCUACAGCUUUCGAUGUUCUCUAAUUAGGUCAUGUUAUCAAUUUUUGUAACGUACGAUCAUUUAAAAUUUU